CCUCCGGGUGAAGACGAGCCCCCCCCUGCUGCGGUCAUGGCUCCCACGCUCACCACAGCCCACCGGCGCCGUUGGUGGAUGGCCUGCACGGCCGUGGUGGAAAACCUCUUCUUCUCCGCCGUCCUCCUGGGCUGGGGAUCCCUCCUCAUCAUGCUCAAGUCGGAGGGCUUCUACUCCUACCUGUGCCCCCUCCCAGGUGAUGCUCCACAGGCUCUGGAGAGACAUUGGGCCAAAGGACACACAUGGCCAAGGGCACCUUCUGUGAAUCAUUUCAAAAAGAAUUCAACGGAUUCGGCCAGUUCUACCUUGGCUCCCAGGAACCAGACCGCAGCCUCAGAGCCGGAAGUGGCCCACAUGAACGGCUGGCUCAUCUGUAAGGAGCAGGAUGAGAUGCUGAACCUGGCCUUCACUGUGGGCUCCUUCCUGCUGAGCGCCAUCACUUUACCCUUGGGCAUCGUCAUGGACAAGUAUGGUCCACGCAAGCUGAGGCUGCUGGGCAGUGCCUGCUUUGCUGUGUCCUGUGUGAUGAUUGCCUACGGGGCCAGCAACCCAGACUCUCUGUCGGUGCUGAUCUUCAUCUCGCUGGCGCUGAACGGCUUUGGGGGGAUGUGCAUGACCUUCACGUCUCUCACGCUGCCCAACAUGUUUGGCGACCUGCGCUCCACCUUCAUUGCCCUCAUGAUUGGCUCCUACGCCUCGUCAGCAGUGACUUUCCCCGGGAUCAAGGUGAUCUAUGACCUCGGAGUCUCCUUCAUCCUCAUCCUGCUGGUCUGGGCCAACUGUGCGGGGCUGGUCUUCUUCAACUGCUUUUUCAACUGGCCACUCGAGCCAUUCCCAGGUCCCGAAGACAUGGACUACACGGUGAAGAUCAAGUUCAGCUGGCUGGGCUUCGACCACAAGAUCACAGGGAAGCAGUUCUACAAGCAGGUGACGACUGUCGGCCGCCGCCUCAGCGUGGGCAGCUCCAUGAAGAGCAACAAGGAGGUAGCGGCGCUGCAGGAUGGCGGCAAACUCUGCUUCUCCACUGUGGACCUGGAGGUGAAGUGCGAGCCGGACAGCGCAGCCUCCCCGUCAUUCAUGCACAGUGUCUUCAGCCCCAUCCUGCUGCUCAGCCUCGUCACGAUGUGCGUCACGCAGCUCAGGCUCAUCUUCUACAUGGGUGCCAUGAACAACAUCCUGGAGUUCAUGGUGGAGGGCGACCUGGAGACAGUGGGUCUUUACAGCUCCAUCUUUGGAGUCCUGCAGCUGCUCUGCCUCCUGACCGCCCCGGUGAUCGGGUACAUCAUGGACUGGAAGCUGCAGGAGUGCGAGGACGGCCCCGAGGAGGCGGGCAAGGGAGACGCCAGCCCCCCGGGUGGGAAGAAGAAACCACGUGAUCGCCGGAUCCAGAAGAUCUCCAAUGCCACCCGGGCUUUCGCUUUCACCAACGUGCUGCUCGUGGGGUUCGGGGUCACUUGCCUGAUCCCCAACUUGCCCUUGCAGAUCCUCUCCUUCAUCUUGCACACCAUCGUAAGAGGCUUCAUCCAUUCGGCUGUCGGGGGUCUCUAUGCUGCUGUGUAUCCCUCCACGCAGUUUGGCAGUUUGACCGGGCUGCAGUCUCUCGUCAGCGCCCUCUUUGCCCUCCUGCAACAGCCCCUCUUCCUGGCCAUGAUGGGCCCCCUGGAAGGAGACCCCCUCUGGGUCAACGUGGGGCUGCUGGGGGUGAGCAUGCUGGGCUUCUGCCUGCCCCUCUAUCUCAUCUGGUACAAGCGGCGCCUGGAGCGGGAGAGGCAGCAGAAGGACGACGAUGCCAAGCUCUUCCUCAAGAUCAAUGGCACGCCUAGCCAGGAAGCCUUCGUCUAGGCACUCCCUCUGGAUUGCGGGACCUUUUUGCUGGGGGAGGGGGCUGGCUGGCCAGCCCUGGGCUUCCUCUGGUGCUGCCUGCAGCUCCCCCUUCUCCCCUGAGGUUCCCGAGGAGCCUCCCGAGACCCCCAGUGCAACUCAGAUCUCACAGGCCUCGCUUUGGAUUUAAAAGCCAUGCCACAAUGCCCCUUCCGUAGCACCACCCAGCUUGCGUCCCUGCCUGUGCCCACAGUCUCCCUGGUGCUGGCCUCAGAGGCACCUAAUUCAAUAUGGGUCUUGGUGCUCUGCAAAGGGAAUGGACCCCCUUCCUAUUCUAACCCUUCCUGGCACACAGAUGCACACACGCACGAAUGCAUGCACACAGGCAGCAGCUUGGCUUGUGUCUGUGCAGGACACAGACUCCAGCCUUGCUCCCCAUCCCCGCUGCUCUCCCAUCCUGGGGUGGGGGCUCUCAGCCACUCCUCUGGCUAUCAUGCAGGAGCCUGUGGGUCCCUCUGGCCUCUGCACCCAUUGGCAGAGAGGACCAAGGAGAGCACCCUGUCUGCACCUUGUACCUGUUCUGGGCAGGGAAGGUGGGAGGAUGUGGCCACCACGCCUCUUCCCCCUCUGCAGACAGAGGAGCAGUUUGACCAGUGCUUUGGGAUGCAGAGCGCCUUCUCCCCACUUUGGACUUUUCAUAGCACGACUGAGGCAUGUAGGCUGUGCACUGAGUCAUGCAGGCAACUUGGCUACAGCAGGAAUUGACCCCAAAGUCUUUAACAGUCUUUAACAAACUUUAACAGGCCUGGCAGACCGUGAGGCAAGAAGGCUGGCACCAAAUCUCACCCCCCAAAGGGGCUGUGGGUCUGCCCCAGCCCAAAAGUUAAGCAGGGAGCUGUAGAGGAGGGCAGCCCAGCCCACAGAUUAUCCUUUUUUUGUAUGGAAGAGCCUGGGCUGGAGGCAUCUUGCAGGGAGCUCCUGGCCUCUGGGGCUGCUGCCCCCCAACCCCCAGCAAAAGUGUUGCAGCAAACUAGGGAAAGUCUGGGGGACUGGGGUGAUGCCCGAUGGCAACCACCACCGCCUUCAUCCUCUCAUUGGCUCUGACCAAGGGCAACUUCAGCCUCACGCAUGGCGCAGCAGCUGCAGCCCCCUGGUGGCAGGAAUCCUCCCAGGCAGGGCACUGGUUCCCUUGUGGUGGCAGCCAAGAUGCCACGGGGUGGGCUGCACUGUCUUGUCUCUCUGACACCAAAAGAAAAACACACAACUCUA